AUGGCGUCUUCUGUCCAGGAACAGCCGCCUCGCGCUCCGAUCCCCAAGAUCGACUUAUCCAAGAAACUAGCCCGCACCAGUGGAGGUCCUCGACGCCAGCCAGCCGCCAGCGACGCGGCGCCACAAACCCCAUCUCUGCCCCCUCGCCCUGCUAUCACAGAUCUCCAGUUCACGCGCCCUGUUCCGCGUAUUCUCUCCGUCCAGGACCAUCAGUCCUUCCUCUCGUCCCCGUCGCACACCUUGGUCACGGCGUUUGUGUUCAAGCUAUCAGACAGCGUGCGCCAGAAGUCUAUCCCGGACGUCCUCGAGCACCCCUCAGCUUCAUCGCCACCAUCGCCCAUCAUAUCCAAGAUUCUCCAGGUACUAUCAUCAAUAGAUUCGCUGCUCGAUGUCCACCCGUCCCUCGAUCAGGGCGGAUCACGCUUCGGCAACCCUGCCUUCCGCUCCCUUUUUGAUGAUGUCGAAUCUCACAGCCUGCCAUGGCACAGAGACCUGCUGGGCAUCACCGACGAGGCCACCAUAGCUGAAAUAUCCACCUACCUGGUUCACUCUCUGGGCUCGCGUUCACGUCUCGACUACGGAUCCGGUCACGAGCUGAAUUUCAUGAUGUGGUUGCUGUGUCUGUACCAGUUACGCAUCCUCGAGGAGCACGAUUUCCCUUUCCUCGUCUGCCGCGUCUUCACUCGCUACAUCGAGCUUAUGCGCCGUAUACAGUUAACAUACUACCUGGAGCCGGCCGGGUCACAUGGUGUUUGGGGUCUGGACGACUACCAGUUCCUACCGUUCCUCUUCGGCGCAUCACAGUUAACAGGCCACCACUAUAUAACACCCCUCUCCAUACACAAUAACGUCGUCCUGGACGAAGAGCGCGAAAAUUGGAUAUACCUUGACCAGGUCAAGUGGGUGGAUAGUGUAAAGACCGUCAAGGGCCUUCGGUGGCAUAGUCCCAUGCUAGACGACAUCUCCGGCGCCAAGAACUGGUAUAAAGUAGAGGCCGGGAUGAAGAAGAUGUUCAUUAAGGAGGUGUUGGGUAAGUUGCCGAUCAUGCAACAUUUUUUGUUUGGAAGCCUGAUUCCUGCGACACCGGAGAUGGGAGUGCGGACGCCUCAGGAGGGCGUGCAUGAUCAUGACCACGGCCAUGGCCACGACCACUCUCAUGCGUCUUCUAACGGAGUAGACUUCUGGGGCGACUGCUGCGGUAUCAAGGUGCCUAGUGCUGUUGCCGCCGGAGAAGAGAUGCGGAAGAGACAGGGAGGCUCUAAUCUACGGCCAAUCCCAUUUGAUUAA